GAUUACUCUAAAGUUACAUGUAGUGAAAACAUUACAGUUGAAGGUGUGCUUUGGUUAAUAAAUUUCUAUGCGCUAUAGUUUUAGCUGUCUUAUGUCAUGCUUCAAUAUUUUCUAGUCUAAAAAUUAAAAUAUAUGUUAAAUUCUAUUUAUAUUUUAGGUUCAGAGUCAUGUUCCUUAGAUGCAACCGUCCAAUACAGCUGGGACUUUGCACAGCAGGUUCAUAUUCCACACCAUAGCCAACAGGUUGGACCCCUGUAUUUCAAAACUGCCGGAGGAGAUGUGAGGUAUUUGGAGUUUGCUGUGAAGGAUCUGAGAAACAGGUGUUUUGCCUGGGUGAGGCACAUGCUCAGUUCCACUUUGACAAUUGCCAAGGACAACAAAAAUAAUGCCGUUCUUGGUUAUGCUGUGUGGAGAACAUUGACAGGAGGGCAUAAGACAAUCCAAUACUCACUGAUGCUAGCCGGCCACACCAAAUUUUCAUGCGACUGGCAUUUUGGAGUUUGAAAAAACAGAAUGAGAUACAUGGAUGCAGAGACAGUUGAGGAGGUGGCUUCCACAGAAGCCAUGUCAUCCCGUAAUGGCCACAACAUUCCACAUAUUGUUGAUGGCAACAGCAAACAAGUGUCGUUCUAUGACUGGAGCACCUUCUUCAAAGGCAUUUUCAAACCAUUGAAGAACAUUUCGAAAUACCAUUCAUUUGAGGUGUCUUCUAACGAGCCUGGGGUUUUAAGAGUAAGGAAGUUUGUUGAUGCCCCUGGGGAGAAAAUUAACAUACUGAAAAACUGCCAAGUGGAUAUUGGUGUUCUGCCAGAGCAGAUCUUUGGUGAGGGAAUAAGUGCAGAAAGGCAAUGGUACUUGCAUGAUGUAAAAAGAGACUUUUGCAGAUCAGAUAAUGCUAAAAACACAACAUGCCCAUUGCCAUUAGUUGCAAAAGAAGGCUAUUCAAAGGCCAAAAAACAAAAGUUGAAAUAGGCAACUUUAUUGAGAACACUUUCUGUGUGUGUUUCAGCAAAAGUUAUAGUUUGUUUCUUGCUAUAAAUAUAUUGGCAUGUGUAAGUGGAAGUUUUAUGUUUUCAUUUACAUUCAAAGAAUAUAUUUCUUUGUGUUACAUUGAUAAAAUAUUCAUGAUCUUAGGAAUGUAUGGUUUCCUUGGCAACCAAAAGUAACACACUUGAUUGAUCAUUAAAUACUUAUGUAUAAACAUGUAUUUCAAUUAUGGGAAUAUCAUUGAACAGUCGGCCAUCUAUAAGUAAAGUAUGAUGGCAUUCAUAUUUUCCAUACACGAAUGCAGUAUAAUGUGAAAGUGUACAUUUAUAAGUCUAUAUGUUAAUAGUUAUACAUUAAUAUAGUUUCUAUAAUCCUUGCAUGCAUAUGUUUGUU